AUGCAAAGAUUAUCAUCUCUAUUAAUUGGAUUUGGUUUAGGAAUUUUUGGAAUGAGCUUAUUAUAUGAUCCUUGGGGACAAGAACGAUUUGAAAGAACAGUAAGAGAGACAGCAAGAUUAGAAAACUCUCUUCUAAAUGAUGUGGAUAUUUAUUUAUAGAUGAAAAUGUUUUUAGGAUAUAUGCUAGUGGCUUGUUCAUUCGUUUCAAUGAAUAGAAUUGGUUUACUUUAUGUGUUAGCAAUACCAGCCUUAUUAGUUUAUGCUGCACUCAAUUACAAUCAUGUAUUAUAUAAAUCAGAACGACUUGGUGGAGAGUAAAUCAUCUAAGGAGCAUUAUUUUAUGUAGCAUUUUGUUUCGCUUUGAUCGAUGGAUUAAUAAAGCCAAAGAAAUUACCAUAACCAAAAUAAUCCGAAAAAAAUGUAUAAAAGAAAAAAAACGAAUGAUUUAUUAUUAAACACAUGUAUUUAUAAAUUGUUAUGUAAAAAUGCUAGAUAACAUUGAA